AUGGCGAUGCAGCCGCCACCGAUGCAGCAGCAGAAGCACCACCACCACCACCAGCAGCAGCAGCACCAGCAAUCGCGUGAGCCGCUCCACCGGCGGCUACUGCAAAGCGGCUCGGUCCGAACCUGGCAAGGGUCGGCCCACGACGACCAGGCCGACGUCUCCAUCGGCACCGCCGGCCGGCCGCUCGACGCUGAGGUCGAGCUGUGGGAAGGCCCGCUCGAGUUCCCGGCCGCAGCCGCCGUCGCCGACGACUUGGGCCCGGCCCGCCCGCCGCCCGCAAAUGGCUACGAGGGAGCCGCGCUUCACCCGGGCCUGGUCGUCGGGGACAGCAGCACGAGCUCAGACCGCAUCCAGGGCGGCGCGCUGCGCACCUUUCGGGUGGACGCCGCGGUAGCGAGCGUCGAGGUGCGCCUCCUGAGCGAGGGGUACCCCAUCUACGGGGCCAUCGAGGUGCUGCAGGGCCCAAACACCGAGAGGCAGGUGAUCGAGCUCUACUCGGAGAACGGGCGCGAUCGGCCCAUCUCGUACCUGCUUGAGACACCCGGCUUCGGCUGCGUCGUCUCCGUCAAAAACACGUGGCCGUCGAUGGAGUACCCGAUGACGGCCCUCGUCCUCCCGCACGUGGUGAGCCCGCGCGGCUGGGGCGGCUGGCAGGCCGGACAGCGCCGCGACGGUUACGAUGGCGUCGGCGGGCGGGAUGCGCGGCUCGGCGGGUUCGGGGACGGCUACGGCGGCGCCGGCGCCGGCGGGUACGACCCGCGGGCGGUGCGUGGCAUGGUCGUGCCAAAGCUGCAGGACCAGCGCGGCCGAGGCGCGCCUCCCUCGCAGGCCGGCCGCGCUGCGGGGAGCGGCGCGUACGGGCGGGACUUUGGCAGGGGCUAG